AUGAAGUCAACAACGCCAAAAUUAACAAGCGAAGCUACGACUAACACUGAUACAUAUGAAUUUUUUUGGUUGCUAGCUUCGCUCGAUAAAACUGAGAGGCAAAAAGCUGCGAAGGAGCUCACAUCACAUCUAUAUAAACUUUACAAUGAGCACCGAAAAACACAAAAGAUUGCUUUGUUAAAUUUUAAUUUAGAGGAAGGAACCAGUAAAAAUAAAGGAGCUGAAUUUAUUAGAGUCACCGAGAUACUAGAAAAGUAUUAUGGUCCUGAUGUCGUGUAUUCGUUGAUAAGACUUACUCGAGGUUUGUCCAGUUCCCGACAGGCGGCGCGACAUGGUUUCUCACUAGCUUUAACCGAGCUACUUUCGUGUCUCGAGUCCAUGUCAUAUAAACUGAUUAUGCCGUUUAUCGAUGAAGCUUGUCCAUUUUCGUCAAAUAAAGAACAAGAAAAUUCAGAUACACUAUUCGGUCGCGUGUUCGGAUACACGUGUAUCAUACGAUCAGGAAUCCUUUGGCGGGAUAAAUCUAGUGAACAAGAUUUCCGUGAGGUAAUUGAUGGAUUGGUGAUUUGUUCGCAACGUAAAUCCUACAUUCGGGAGACAUGUUAUCAUCUUAUUAUAUCAAUGCUACCAAAGUUGAAUGAGCAGAUAUAUAAGAUUAGUGGACUCGAAUACUUGAUACAACAAACAUUUGCGCAUUCUAAACAUGGUAUUCACAAACCUGAUGAGCUUAAUCUUGCAUUAGCAAUACAAGAACUAUUCCCGGAUCGUACAAUUACAACUACAAAAUUGACAAAAUCAGAGCCAGUCAAUAAAUACUGGAAAUCUUUAGUAUUACACAAUAAUAAAAAGUGCGAAAACUGUAAAUCUAAUAUAUGGAAAAACCAGAAUAUUCUUUCUCGUGAUAAUUUAACGAGAAUUAUUGAGGCUCUUGAAGUGAAGUCUUCGAAAAAAUCCCACAUUAACGACAAUAGUAGUGAUAAUGCAGAAAAAGACAAAGAUGAUCAGUAUCAAGAAGGACGACUUCACUCUGUAUGGGAUAGAAUUUUAAGAAUAUAUUUUCGAGAAAAUGGUGCUCAUAAGUUACCAUUUGAAGAGUUUUGGAAAGUUGUAGUUGAUGAGGGCCUCUUCAACAAUGAGGCGACGCACAAAAGACGAUUUUGGGGAUUUCAGUUAUUUGAAAAAUCCAUAAAUAUAAUGCCAGAAAACCAGAUUUCCGUCAUUUUUACGAAAAAUUUCCUACGUACCCUAAUGAAUAAUCUCUCUUCCGGAGAUCGAUAUUUACAUCAAGCUGCCUUGCAUACGUUAUCGACAAUACAACAGUAUGUAGUCGAACACAAAUCCACAGCAAUAACUUUAAUUCUCCAACUGAUUGGUAAAAACGGAACGCGCAAUUUCGAUCAAUUGACAAACUCAAAAACAGUUGAGCGCAUGAUUUCAUGUUUGGAUGGAGACGGCGCACUGUCGUUUUUAAAGUAUUUAAAGCGACUGUUUUAUACUGUUGAAGAUGUAGAAGGGGGAUUUAUUAAUGGUAGUGCUAAUGGUAAAGAAUCGGAGCUCGAUAAACUACGCACAUGGACAAUUAACCAAAUGUAUUCGUUACUAAAAAAUCAUGGCGUGGAACAUCGUGAAGAUUGGGUUAAAUUCAUAUUUGAUCAUUUUCUUGUUCACGGAUUUUUUUUAAAGAAAACAAACGACGACAUCAAUCAUAAUAAAAAUAAUCUUAAGAGAAAACAUUCGAACCCCGAAAAAACUUUGAAUAAAAAAAAGGUUAAGCUAGAGAAUGGGAAACAUCACUAUAACAUUAAUAAUAAAGAUGAUGAUUUAAACGAUAAUUUAAUGCCGGAAUUUUCGGAAUCUAUAAGAGAAUUGUGUAGAACGCGAUUUUUCAAUGCUCUCGGAGAACUGAAUACCAUGAAUUCAUUUAUGGCCGAAUCAAAUAAGAAUGAAAGCACCAACGAAGACAAUAAAAAGUUUAUUCGUAAAAAAAUGCUCGGCACUACAAGCACCGGACAAAGUUGGGCACGAUACGCGGUAGAACGUGUUCAAAACUUGCAACGAAAUCCUGAAUACAAGCUAACCAUAAAUUUAUCCGAUGAGGCUAAGCAAGCACAAGAGGAUGCAAUUUUGGUGAUUGAAAAGAUUGACAGAGAAUUAAAGAAACUUGAAACUGAAAAAAAACGCAAUAGUGGUCGAAAUGAUAACAAGAGUAAAAGGAAUAAUUAUAAUAAUCCUAAUGCCGAAUCUCAGUAUAAAGCAUUUGAAUUACUUUAUUCGCACGCAUUCUUAAUGUUAUAUAACGAACCAAAGGAGGCUACAAUGUUUUUACAGGAUUUACAUGAAUGCUACAAAAAAGUAUUCAAACUCGCAAAAAAAUCUACGAAAAAAACCAAAGAUACAGAAUCAACACCUGAACCUAUCGAAGUUAUUGUUGAUAUUUUACUUGGAUUUCUUGGGAAACCUUCGGCAAUGUUGCGUCGUCUCGCUGAACAAGUUUUUGAAACUUUUUGUGAUCAAAUGACUGAGACAUCUUUGGAUUU